AUGGUGGAAAAUAAUGUUUUAAUAAUUACGGGAGCCGCUGUCGUUGUUUCAAGUGUUGCUAUUCUCUAUUUUUUGAAUCGAGGAACUGGGAAGAAGGUGAAUAUUUUAGGGAAGUUUGGGAGAUGAUUAAAAACAAAUUUUGAAGCUAAUCCAAUAUUGUUACAAUUCACGAAACUUAUGAAAACACAAACUCGAUUCGAACAACUGAAAACUGGCUUGAAAAGAGUAAUUUUUCGAAGACCAAGUGCAAAAAAUCAAUUCAACUAACCUAUAUCAAAAAACCCUCUAAACAUAGGCUUCUCAUAAUUUCGAUAAGGUAGAUUGAGAAAAUUUGAUAUCUAUGAGAUUACCAGUUUUUCCACCGUUCUGAGAAUAAUUAUCGAUUUUUCGCAGCAUCAAAAACGCACAUUGCUCGACGAAAAUGUGAAAUAUUCGCUGAAAUUGGCUGAGAAAAUCGAAGUUAGUCACGAUACUCGAAAAUUCCGAUUUGCUCUCCCGUCAGCUGAACACGUUUUGGGUUUGCCAAUUGGACAACACGUUUAUUUGAGCGCCAAGGUGAGCGUGGAUUUUUGGGUGGGAAAUUUUGGAGAAAUUACAAGGAGAGCUCACAAAAUAACCUAUUUUCUCGCCAGAAUCCCAAAAACAUGCUAAUUUUCCCCAGGUCGAUGGCAAAUUGGUUGUCCGUCCUUACACACCAACAUCUUCAGAUGAAGAUCAUGGAUUUGUUGAAUUGAUGAUCAAAGUCUACUUCAAAAACGUCAAUCCAAAAUUCCCAGAUGGCGGAAAAAUGACACAAUAUUUGGAAUCGCUUCAAAUUGGCGAUGAGGUAUGAUUUAUUGGUUCAAUUUUGAAUUUUCCCACGAAACCCCCGAUUUUCAGAUUGAUUUCCGUGGUCCAUCUGGUUUAAUUGUCUACAAGGGUCAUGGUCAUUUCGCUGUGAAAGCUGACAAAAAAGCUGAAGCCAAAUCGAGACAUUUCAAUGAGGUUUCGAUGAUUGCUGGUGGAACUGGUGUUACACCAAUGUUGCAGGUUGAUUUUUUCACAGAAAUUUGAAAAAAAAAUUCGCUGACCUGAAAAAUCAAUUUUUUCUCAGCUUUCUUCUCCAAAUUCAAAUACCAUUCUGAAAUCUGAAACUGUAUAUUUUUCUCAAUCAAACUUCCAAAUUUUGCUCACCGAUUUCUAGAAAUUUCCAACUAUGCUCCAAUCUCAACAAUUUACCAAUUUUCUACUUUUUAAAAAUGAAGAAGUUUUCCGAAAUUGAUCGGAAAAUGUUAAAUUGGGUCACGUUUUAUUUUACGAACAAAAAUUGGUUUUUCUUUCAAAUUUUCACCUUUUUGAUCACGCCUUGGAAAUUUUCUGCCAAAAUCAGUUUUUAUCCAAAUUUUCAAUCCAAGUUCAGCUUAGGCCAAAGCCUAAACAAAGCCUGAUUGUAUCCCGAAAAAAAGCCUAAAGCUUAAAAAAUAGAUUUUUCAAUCAGAGUUUUUUUUUCCAAAAGCCAAAUCCAGUCCUAAUUAAUCCUAUUUUUUCCCAGAUAAUCGCCGCAAUUCUCCGCGAUCCAACCGACACAACAAAACUCCGUCUUCUCUUCGCCAAUCAAACCGAAGAAGACAUUUUGUGUCGCCAAGAAUUAGAUGAACUCGAAAAACAACACCCAGAUAGAUUCCGUGUUUGGUAUACUGUAGAUCGACCACCACAAAAUUGGAAAUAUUCCAGCGGAUUUAUCAAUGAUGAAAUGAUCAAGGUAAGCAAAUUUUAAGAAAACUUGAAAUCCCGAAAAAUUUGCACUUUUUUGAAAAAAGUUCUUAUUUUUUUUGUUUGGCAGGAAGUUUUGGUGACGGAGAAAUUCGGUUGAAUGAUUUUUGGGCAGUUUUGAUGAAUUUUUCGGAGGAAAUAGAGAGAAAAAUAAGAAAAGUCGAAAGAUGAAAAAACAUUGACAGAGGAAGUCAUACAUCGCAAUCUUCCCCUCUGAACCUCAAAGUGAUACACCCUAUUUCAAAAAAAAAUUCGCGAGUGAUACACCCUAAUUUUUGUCUGGAAGGCGCAAGUCUUCCAUUAAAAAAAAUUUUUUUUUUGUUCUCAAAAAAAAUUUAAAAAUUUUGCAACACCAUUGCACUUGGCAGGAAUCGAUCCAGCGACUUUCAGCGUUAUAAGCUCGAGCCCUAACCACUGCGCCAAGCUUCCACUUUUCUUCCCAUUCUUCUUUUUUAAAGAUAUGAUUGGUGAGAUGAGAGAUAGAAAAGAGAAGAGAUCAUCAGCUUGAAAAAAAUUUGCAUAUUUUCUGUGUGACAAUUGUCAAAAUAAUACUUGAACGAGUAGAAGUUGAAACAUGAAACUUGGCACACAUAAAAUUAAGCGUAUUCUGAAGGAUAUUGAACAAUAAAAUCGGAGGGGCAGACCCUAGAACUCAAGGUGCACACCCUGUCCACUGAAGAGGCCUUUUUUGACUAGUUUAGGGGACCGGGUAUGCACCUCACUUCUGAGUCAUUAUUUCGUGUAGAACUUUUUAGAACUUUAUAUUAGAGGAAAUUUGCUAACUUUCUAUUCAAAAAUAUUCUAGAAAACCUUACUAAAAUGUCAUUUCCUUGAGGGGUGAAAAUGUGCAUUUUUUACAAAAAAAAUUUUUUUUAUUGAAAUUGAAGGAAAUUCAAGAUUUGAUUUUCGUUUGUUCUUUAAAUCAAACUACUGACUUAAUUUGAGCCACUGAACAACGUGGUGGCCAUCAAUUUUUGAUUUCCUCGAUGGUCUCGAGUCGAAGAUCGAGAGAAACAUCCGAAUUCCAUCAAUGUCAAAAUCAUACAAAAUACAUCGCGUUUCGAUUCAAUAAUGAUGUUUAGGAUAAGGCAUGCUCAAAAUGAAGUGUUUUAUCGGAAAUCCAAUAAUAAUAUGCCAUGAAAAUCGAUUUUUUGGGUCAUAACAAUUUUUCUAGAUGGUCUCACUGGAACUAUCGGAAUAGAUCUCACAAUAAAUGAAAUUGUAGUAUCAGAGUUGGAAUUAAUAAGCUAAAUAUAUAUAUAUAUAUAUAUAUUAAGGCAUAGGCUGAGUAAACUACUAUUUGUGGCAAAAUUGAAGUUUUCAAGUUAGUUUUGAAAAAACUGAAAAUUUUCAGAAUCAGCUUUAAUGAUCUGAAAGGCCACCACUAAAAAAGUUUCAGAAAAUAUCUCAGAAUUGUAUGCACUAGAGACCCAAAUAGCUCAAAAAAAAUUUGUGCCUGAUUUGAAAAAGGUUAAGUGAUUAUCAGCAAAAAUCAAAAGUAUCCAUCUUUUUGGCAAUUGCUGUAACUCGUUUUGGAAAAGUUUCUGGUAGUAUUUGAGGCCACCACGUUGUUCAGUGGCUUAAAUUAAGUCAGUAGUUUGAUUUAAAGAACAAACGAAAAUCAAAUCUUGAAUUUCCUUCAAUUUCAAAAAAAAUUUUUUUUGUAAAAAAUGCACAUUUUCACCCCUCAAGGAAAUACCAUUUUAGUAAGGUUUUCUAGAAUAUUUUUGAAUAGAAAGUUAGCAAAUUUCCUCUAAUAUAAAGUUCUAAAAAGUUCUACACGAAAUAAUGACUCAGAAGUGAGGUGCAUACCCGGUCCCCUAAACUAGUCAAAAAAGGCCUCUUCAGUGGACAGGGUGUGCACCUUGAGUUCUAGGGUCUGCCCCUCCGAUUUUAUUGUUCAAUAUCCUUCAGAAUACGCUUAAUUUUAUGUGUGCCAAGUUUCAUGUUUCAACUUUUACUCGUUCAAGUAUUAUUUUGACAAUUGUCACACAGAAAAUAUGCAAAUUUUUUCAAGCUGAUGAUCUCUUCUCUUUUCUAUCUCUCAUCUCACCAAUCAUAUCUUUAAAAAAGAAGAAUGGGAAGAAAAGUGGAAGCUUGGCGCAGUGGUUAGGGCUCGAGCUUAUAACGCUGAAAGUCGCUGGAUCGAUUCCUGCCAAGUGCAAUGGUGUUGCAAAAUUUUUAAAUUUUUUUUUGAGAACAAAAAAAUUUUUUUUUAAUGGAUGGCUUGCGCCUUCCAUACAAAAAUUGAACCUUAGUGAUACACCCCCUCAAUUUAAAAAAAUUGCAAAGUGAUAGACCCUAAUGGCCCCUGCAGGGGGAGCGAUGCGAUCUAUGGAGGAAGUUCCACAAAAUUUCACCAACAAAGUUCCUAUUCAAAAAUUUAUCGAAAAAAGACAAAACUCUUUCCAGAAUAUCUAUAAACUGAAAAAUUCGAAAUUUAAAUCAAAUUCUCUUCUUAUUUUCCAGGCCAAUCUCUUUGCUCCAUCCGACAAUUCGGUCGUUUUAAUGUGCGGUCCACCACCAAUGAUCAAUUUCGCCUUGACACCAAAUUUAGACAAACUCGCCUAUGAUCCAGCAAAUCGCCUUCUCUUCUAA